AUGCCUACCAGCUAUCCUUUUAGUAGAGGAGAGGGCGACAGCAAGACCGCGAUAGUCACGGGGUCCAAUAUUGGUAUUGGCUUUGAGUGCGCCCGUCAAUUGCUCGACUUGGGUCUAUCUAAACUAAUACUUGCCGUGCGGAAUGAGCUCAAGGGUCAAGAAGCAAGCACCAAACUAUCAUCCGGCCGUCACCUUCCAGACAGCGCUAUUGAGGUGUGGAACUUGGAUCUUGUCUCCUACGACUCUAUUGUCGCAUUUGCGGAGCGUGUGAAAACCUCACAGCGCUUGGAUAUUGCGGUGCUCAAUGCGGGUGUCUUUAAGCAGAAUUACGAAAUCGUUAAGGCGGCCCCGUCUACAAGCCACGAGGAAUCUAUCCAACUCAAUGUUAUUUCGAAUACACUACUCUCGAUCCUGCUUCUUCCUAGCCUCAAACCCAAAAUGCCCUCUGAUUCUCCUGGGUGCUUGGCUGUGGUAUCGUCAGAUGUGGCUUCUUGGUCUACCUUCACGGGGGAAGAUGAUAUAGACCCUCUGCUCCCGGGUUUUGAUAAACCGGAAGUAUUCAGUGGCUGGUAUUACUACUGCACUUCUAGAUAUCAGUUAACCUGGUUUAAAUGAGGUAUCGCGCGAAUAUUGAGAGAAUGAAUACGGGAUUGAAAAGCUCUUCAAUUUCCGCAUAUUGAAUUUCGAAAUAACAAACAUGAAACUCCUAUAUCUUUUCCCGCAACACUCU